GUUUCAGAUGGAAAUUUGGUCGCAUCGGCCAUGAUGAACCUACAGCUACAGUACUCAGCUUCUGGAUUGUUUUUUCUCUAGCUAGACAUCGCUGCAAUGGAUGCUUUGCUCUCAAAUCUAGCCAGCUUCUACCGCUCUGAUGCCGGCAAAAUGACUCUAGUGGCCGCUGUUGCUGCGACAGCCACUGCUACCUCCAUCUAUUCAUACCAAGCAGUCUCACAUCGCUAUGCACAGGCUUCAUUUCGCGAUGAAGCGAAACAUCACGCUGCAGAAAAUCAUGAUUCCCUACAAUUAGCCUCAUUUGGCGGGGAGUUGCACAACACUAAAAAGCCAAUUGUUGUCUCUGAUGAAAUCAUCAGUGAGCAGCUCUCGCGCAAUAACCUCUUCUUUGGCGCUGAAGGCCUUGCCAAGAUUCGCAACAGCUUUGUCAUUGUUGUGGGGGCAGGCGGUGUUGGUUCUUGGGCAGUCACCAUGCUCGUUCGUUCAGGUGUUGGGAAGAUCCGCAUCAUUGACUUUGAUCAAGUCACCUUGUCAUCACUCAACCGGCAUGCAGCUGCAACGCACGAUGAUGUUGGCUCACCUAAAGUCAUUGCGCUACAGCGUUUCCUAGCCCGUGUUGCACCGUGGGUUGAGAUUGAUGUGCGGAACGAUCUCUUUUGUAAGGAAGAUGCUGCAAGUCUGCUUGAACCAUGGCAAGGCACAGGCCAGCGACCGGACUAUGUCAUUGAUGCAAUCGACAACAUUGAGACAAAAGCAGAUUUGCUAGCCUACUGUCACCAGAAUGAUCUCAAAGUCAUGGCCAGCAUGGGUGCUAGCUGCAAAGCAGAUCCAACACGCAUCCUGAUUGCCGAUAUUGCAGACACAAAUGAGGAUCCCUUGUCCAGAGCAACACGACGUCACCUCAGGCAACGCGGCAUUUACAGCGGUAUCGACACUGUCUACUCAACAGAGAAAGCAGGCUUUGGCAAAGCGGCACUUCAACCACUCGAUCCAGAAGCAUUUGCUCAAGGACACGCGCAGGAAUUGGGCAUUCUACCAGACUUUCGCGCACGGAUACUACCCGUCAUGGGGACCAUGCCUGCAUUAUUCGGUCUGACACUUGCUACACACAUUCUAACAACACUUGCCGAAUACCCGACAGAUCCCGUUCCAGCCAAAUCACGACAGUCGGUUUAUGAACGCGCUUGUUUGGAUGUGACACACCAACUGCAGCGCACCCAGCCAGAUGCACGGUCCCCACUCACGCCAGCUGAUGCCGGUUUCAUGAUUGACGAGGCUGCCAAGGGACGCUCAGCUCUACCACCCUUUCACACAAAGAAUCUGAAACUCACACGCUGGGAUCCGAUUGAACCUCUGACACAUUUGAAUGUUGUUGUUGUAACAAAGGAAGAGCUCAAAAAGCACGAAGAAAACGUCUUGCGGGCAAGGAAACAGCCUGAGGAGGUGUAUACCGAGGAUGAGCUCAAGGCGGUCGCCAAAUUCCAGCAAUAUCGCGAAGCGCUCGACAUGUGGCGUAAUUAGCAUUAU